ACCAGUCACCACUCAGCAGCGAUCGCAGCACCGCGGCGAGAUAAUGAGCAGCCUGUCCUCCGGCAUCUCUGCCUCGCCAUCUGCAGCGCCCAGCACCGCUCGGCGCCGCCAUGACGCAGCGCCGCAGCAGCUGAGGGUGAAGGCGGCGGCGCGGCCACAGCUGCUGCACGCCGGCCGCCGGCGUUCGAGUGUCGGGAGGAGGCCGGGCGGCGGCGCGGUGGUGGUGAGGGCCGGGCCUGGGCCGCUGUCGGAGAUCGAGCCGGACCUGGAGGAGGACGCCAUCGACGUGUACCGCACCAACGGCAUCAGCCCGGAGGACUUCGAGUACGGGAAGUAUGACGGACACCACACCUAUUUCGAAGGCCAAGACAAGAAGGGCUUCUGGGAGGAUGUCUCCGAGUGGUACCAAGAAGCUGAGCCUCCUCAGGGCUUUCAAGCACUCAUCUCCUGGGCAUUUCCUCCUGCGAUCAUCCUCGGCAUGGCUUUCAAUGUGCCGGGGGAGUACCUGUACAUCGGGGCGGCCGUCUUCAUCGUGGUGUUCUGCGUCAUCGAGAUGGGCAAGCCCGACAAGCCGCACAACUUCGAGCCGGAGAUCUACAUGAUGGAGAGGUCGGCCCGCGACAAGCUCAUCGCCGACUACAACUCCAUGGACAUCUGGGACUUCAACGAGAAGUACGGCGAGCUCUGGGACUUCACCGUCAACACCAGGGACGACAUCGUCAAGUCGACCUAGAUGCAUUGCGUACACCGCUCGCUGCCCUUCAGAUUGUUGCCUCACAGCAAAAAAAACCCUGUGAAAGGAAGCUGUAGCUGCUAGGAAAAUCUCUUGAAUAAAAAGGAAAGCCAUCCUUCCUGUAAGACUGGAGAGCCUGAAAAUCUGUUCUAUC